AUGAUCUUAGACUCUUACUCAUCAUCCAUCGUCUUUGAAUAUUUACACACUAUUGAUGGAAUUUACUCCCCAUUCUACAGUCUUUGUUCCGCAACCACUACCUCAGAACCUGAGUCUUCUUCUGAGUCUUCUUCUGAGUCUUCUUCUGAGUCUACUUCUGAAUCUUCUUCUGAGUCUUCUUCUGAAUCUUCUUCUGAGUCUUCUUCUGAGUCUUCUUCAGAAUCUUUUAAAUCUUCAACAGAGUCUUCGACCGAAUCUUCGACCGAAUCUUCUUCUGAAUCUUCUGCUCCAUCUUCCAGUCCUUGUUUCUCCGUUGAUACAACAACUUGUCAAAAUGUUUGCAACAAUGUAAACUCUAUGGCUUCCGAUCUUACUUAUAAUUAUAAUCAAUUUGUAUCCAACAAUAACCCCUCCUUGUUGUGUCCAUUUAUUAAUGCUCACGAUGAUUACACAACUUGUAUGCAAUGUGUCAAUUACUACUACGAAGAUUUUGGCCUGGAAUCCCAAUAUAUACUUAAUAUUUUUCUUACUUGGGGUCUCUGUGAUGUUACAUUUGACUUUCCCAUAAGUUGUGAUAAUCCCCAAAAUGCUUGUAUUGCAGGCGAUGAAACAUCUUGUCAAGGUUACUGUGAUUAUUAUAUUUGGUUACAUUCAGCUAUAGAGAUUAAUAUGAAUAACUAUCUCAUCAAUUCAAACGAUAAAGACAGUUUUUGUGGGUUUGUUUAUAAUAAUUUGCCAGAUAGUCAAUCCUGUUACCAAUGUCUCAAAGCUAACCCGGGAAACAAUUAUGGGAUACCCAUAGCUGAUAUUUCUGCCGCAAUUUUUUCAUUUGCAUAUUGUGCUAUUGAUCUAGGCAAUUAUGAAAUAUGCCCUGCUGAAUCUUCUACUGAAUCAUCCACCGAGUCUCCCACCGAGUCUUCUACUAAAUCUUCUACUGAAUCCUCAACUCCUUCUUCCAAUCCUUGUUUCUCCGUUGAUACAACAACUUGUCAAAAUGUUUGCAACAAUCUAAACUCUUUAGCUUCAAACCUUAAUUAUUACUAUAUCCAAGCAGUCGCCACCGAUAACAAUAUACUUUUGUGCCCAUUCAUUAAUGCCCACGAUGAUUAUACAACUUGUAUGCAAUGUGUCAAUUACUACAACCAAGAUUUCGGCUUGGGAUAUGAUCAUAUAUCAAGAAUUUUUUUUUCUUGGGGUCUCUGUGAGGUUUCAUUUAAUUUUCCUGCAAGUUGUGAUAAUCCCCAAUAUGAUUGUGUUGCAGGCGACGAAAAAACUUGUCAAGGUUACUGUAAUUAUUACUUUUCGUUAUUUACACCCACAUUAACUAUGAUCAAUGCCUACCUUGAUGAAUUAAACGAUAAAGAAGAUUUCUGCGAUUAUGUCAAUAAUGGUUUGAUGAAAGGUCAACAUUGUUAUAACUGUCUCAGAGCUAAUCCAGGAGAUUACUAUGGGCUAGCAAGUAAUUAUCUUAACGUACAACUUUUUGCCUUUGCAUAUUGUGGUGUUGAUCUAGGGAAUUAUGAAAUAUGCCCUGCUGAAUCUUCUUCUGAAUCUACUUCUGAAUCUUCUUCUGAAUCUUCUUCUGAAUCUUCUUCUGAAUCUUCUUCUGAAUCUUCUUCAGAAUCGUCUUCAGAAUCGUCUUCAGAAUCGUCUUCUGAAUCGUCUUCAGAAUCGUCUUCAGAAUCGUCUUCAGAAUCGUCUUCAGAAUCGUCUUCAGAAUCUUCCUCUGAAUCUUCAACGGAGUCUUCAACGGAGUCCUCCACAGAAUCUUUUUUUGAAUCUUCUUCUGAAUCUUCUUCUGAAUCUUCUUCUGAAUCUUCCUCUGAAUCUUCUUCAGAAUCGUCUUCAGAAUCUUCUUCUGAGUCUUCUUCUGAGUCUUCUUCAGAAUCUUCUUCUGAAUCUCCUUCAGAAUCUUCUUCUGAAUCUUCUUCUGAAUCUUCUUAUGAAUCUUCUUCUGAAUCUUCUUCUGAAUCUUCUUCUGAAUCUUCUUCUGAAUCUUCUUCUGAAUCUUCUUCUGAAUCUUCUUCUGAAUCUUCUUCUGAAUCUUCUUCUGAAUCUUCUUCUGAAUCUUCUUCUGAAUCUUCUUCUGAAUCUUCUUCUGAAUCUUCUUCUGAAUCUUCUUCUGAAUCUUCUUCUGAAUCUUCUUCUGAAUCUUCUUCUGAAUCUUCUUCUGAAUCGUCUUCAGAAUCGUCUUCAGAAUUGUCUUCAGAAUAUUCAACAGAGUCUUCGAUUGAAUCUUCAAUAGAGUCUUUAAUGAAGUCUUUGACCGAGUCUUCCGCUAAAUCUUCUUCUGAGUCGUCAACGGAGUCUUCAACAGAGUUGUCUUCAAAAUCUUCAAUAGAGCCUUUAAUGGAGUCUUCCUCUGAAUCUUCUUCAGAAUCGUCUUCAGAAUCUUCUUCUGAGUCUUCUUCUGAGUCUUCUUCAGAAUCUUCUUCUGAAUCUCCUUCAGAAUCUUCUUCUGAAUCUUCUUCUGAAUCUUCUUAUGAAUCUUCUUCUGAAUCUUCUUCUGAAUCUUCUUCUGAAUCUUCUUCUGAAUCUUCUUCUGAAUCUUCUUCUGAAUCUUCUUCUGAAUCUUCUUCUGAAUCUUCUUCUGAAUCUUCUUCUGAAUCUUCUUCUGAAUCUUCUUCUGAAUCUUUUUUUGAAUCUUCUUUUGAAUAUUCUUCUGAAUUUUCGACCGAGUCUUCGACCGAGUCUUCCGCUAAAUCUUCCUCAGACUCGUCAACGGAGUCUUCGACUGAGCCACCUUCUGAAUUAUCUUCUGGAUCUUCCUUUGAAUCUUCUUCAGAGUCUUCUACGGAAUUUUCAACGGAAUCUCCUAUGGAGUCCUCCUCCGAGUCUUCUUUUGCAUCUUCUUCUGGGUCGUCUUCUGAGUCUUCUUCUGAAUCUUUAAUGGAGUCGUCUUCAGAAUUUUCUUCAGAGUCGUCUUCUGAAUCGUCUUUGAAAUCUUCUACAGAGUCUUCUUUUGAAUCUUUUUCAGAGUCGUCUCCAGAAUCUUCUUUAAAAUCUUCAACGGAGUCUUCAAUCGAGUUGUCUUCAGAAUCUUCUUCAGAAUCUUCUUCAGAAUCUUUAAUGGAGUCUUCAAUCGAGUCUUCCUCUGAAUCUUUUUUUGAAUCUUCAACCGAGUAUUCCUCUGAAUAUUCUUCUGAAUCGUCUACCGUGUCUUCAAUUGGGCCGUUUUCAAAAUUUUCUUCAGAAUCUUCUUCUGAGUUUUCUUCUGAGUUUUCUUCUGAGUUUUCUUCAGAGUCUUCAACCAAGUUUUCUUCUGAAACUUCUUCAGAGUUUUCUACAAAAUCUUCAACGGAGUCUUUAACGGAGUCUUCAGUCGAGUUUUCUUUUGAAUCUUCUUCUGAACCUUCAAUCAAAUCUUCAACCGAGUCGUCUUCUGAAUUUUCUUCAGAGUCUUCUUCAGAAUUUUUGACAGAGUUUUCUUCAGAAUCUUCUUCAAAACCUUCAACCGAGUCUUCAACUGAGUCUUCCUCUGAAUCAUCUUUUGAAUUUUCUUCUGAAUCUUCAACCGAGUCUUUCAAGGAAUCUUUAAUUGAGUCUUCUUCUGAGUCUUCUUCUGAGUCUUCUUCUGAGUCUUCUUCUGAGUCUUCUUCUGAGUCUUCUGAGUCUUCUUCUGAGUCUUCUUCUGAGUCUUCUUCUGAGUCUUCUUCUGAGUCUUCUUCUGAGUCUUCUUCUGAGUCUUCUUCUGAGUCUUCUUCUGAGUCUUCUUCUGAGUCUUCUUCUGAGUCUUCUUCUGAGUCUUCUUCUGAGUCUUCUUCUGAGUCUUCUUCUGAGUCUUCUUCUGAGUCUUCUUCUGAGUCUUCUUCUGAGUCUUCUUCCAAGUCUUCUUUUAAGUCUUCUUCUGAACCUUCUUCUGAUUCUUCAACGGAGUCUUCAACGGAGUUAUCAACUGAUUCUUCAAUCCAAUCUUCAAUUGAUUCUUCAAUCCAAUCUUCAAUUGAGUCUUCAAUCGAGUCACCAACGGAGUUUUUUACCAAGUCAUAUUUUGAUUAUUCUUUAGAAUCACUUACAAAGUCUUUUACUGAGUCUUUUACUGAGUCUUCUACCGAGUUUUCUACCGAGUCUUCUACCGUUGUUUCCUCUGAAUCUUCUGAAUCUUCAACCAAGUCUUCUUCUGAAUGGUCUUCUGAAUUUUCGACCAAGCCUUUUUCUGAUUCUUUCUUUGAUUCUUUUUCUGAUUUUUUUUCUGAAUCUUCCAUCGAGUUUUAUUCACAAUUUUCAUCUAAAUCUUCCCUUGAAUUAUCUUCCAUUAUACCCACGGUAUUCUCCACUGAAUCUUUAUCUGAGCUGUCUUCAUCAGAAAUUGCUUCUGAGCAUUCUUCAAUUUUAUCUUUGUUUGAACCCUCUUCUGUUCAAUCCUCUGCUUCUGAUUCUGGUUUUGAAACCCCCACAUUUUCAAAUCCCGAAACUUCUUUCAUCAUUGAAGAAACUUCUUUCGUUUCUGCUACACCCAGUGAAGUCCCCAAUUUUGACUCUUUUAUUGAGUCAAUCAGGAAAGCUAUUCUUGAUGCCGUUUCCUCUAUUGAUGAGCUUGGACAGCUUACUGAUCUUGUUGCUUCUAUCAUUGAUUUGUUCCUCAGUGUUCUUCAAUCUGAAUCUAACAAGGUAUUUUCAAUCUUAUUUAACGGCAGCAUCGUUCUCAAGCGUGCUUCUUCUAUUGAAGAAGCUAUCAUUAUUUUCAAUGAGUUCAUUUUUGGUCUUUCUACUUGGUUCAAAGAAUCUUCUUACACAGAUUUCUUGUCUCUGAUUAGCCAGAUUCGCAAUUAUGCCGAUCCUUCUCUUGUGGAGUCAUAUGUCAGAUUGGCUACAGUUGCCACUCUUACAUCUGCUCAAGAAGCCAUCUCAAGUUUUGAAAAGCAAAGUACUGAGUUUAGUGCUGUUGCAGAUAGCUUCUACAUUGUUUACGGGAAGUUUAUUGCUGAUAUUAUUUAUGCAUUGUAUCCUCAUUCCAGCGAGUCUUCAACAUCUACAUCUACAACUACUUCUACCUCAUCCACUUCUUUAACUUCGUCCAUUGCUUUAACCUCGUCCACCACUUCAACCUCAUCUAUCACUUCCAUUUCCUCCGCCACUUCUGCUUCUACUGGCAUUUCUUUAGCUACGUCUUCCACUGCUACUACUUUUGCUGCUGGUACCACCACUGUUAUUUUCACUGUCACCAGAUACACCACUACUGUCACAACUAGUGGUACUGUUACUAACACAGUUACGGAGCCUUGUGAGACAACCACUGAGACUAUUGUGAUUGCACCUGAAACUACAUACACUAUCACUGAGCCAUGCUCCAAGUGCUCAACCAAGACUUUUACUAUUUCUACUAUUGCCAUCAUCACUUCCACUCUUGCCAAUAGCCAGGUUACCACAAUCGCCACAACAGAGGAAGUGCCAGUAACUGUUGAGGUCACCAAGCUUCCAAGCUCUGGGUACACUUUCAUUACUUAUACUGGCACCAUUGAAGUUCCAGGCACCACGGAGACUGUGACUGAAGUUUGCACAGUUUGCAAGACCGAUACGGCAGUUUAUACAGGUGUUACCACGAUUACGAAAACAUCUGGUGGCAGUGUUGUUACUUUUACUGAGCCUUGUGAAUCCACAUAUACUGUUGUCGAAUCACCCGUCACUUGCAGUGGAGUUACCAGUACCGUGACUUCUACUUUGUACGAAACUGAAACCCCCAAGAUUUAUACCACAGUUUCAAGCGGUUUUACCACAUAUAUCACUACUUCUGGUGACUCUGUUGUUACUGUUACUGAACCUUGUACAACUACUUACACCAGUAACUCUGGUGAUACUGUUUUUACAGUCAUAGAGCCUUGCUUGACAACCUUUACAGUUGUCGAGUCGGAGACCACAUCUGGCGGUACUGUAAUUACAGUCACAGAGCCCUGUGAGACAACAUACAUGGUUGUCGAAUCUGCUGUCUCAUCAUCGGGCAUUUUUGCUACUUUGACCUCCACAUAUAGUUCCGGCAUAAAGACCUACACAACAGUUGUGAGCGGUGUUUCCAGCUGUGUGUCUACAUUGAAUGGUCCUACUGUUGUAAGUUUAACUCAACCCUACGAGUCAACAUAUACUAUUGUUGAAUCAGUUGUGGUUAGUUCGGGGACAGUAGCAAGUAUUGUAACGUCUACUGUUACCCCUGCCACCUCGUCAAGCAUUUCUAUUUCUGAAGAGGUUUGUACAGUUUGUGCAACCAAAACGUCCAUUUCUAGUGGAUUAACUACGUACACCACUUAUUUCAAUGGCUUUGAAGUGACGAUAAUUGAGACCUGUGCAACUACCUAUGAGGUUGUGGAGUCUCCAACAGUUUCUGCGGGGAUUACGAUGGUGAUCAUGCUGAGCACUGUUGCAAGCAUCCCAAGCGACAUUGUUAUUGUCCCCAUGGAAUCAUCAGAAACCACUGGCUCUUUGACAGGUAUAAUACCCACCGUUGCUGUUUCAACCUCCAUAGGUAAAAUUCUGGAGUCUUCAUUUUUGGCUGGAGUUGAAAGCUCUGUUGAACAGUCAAAUGGCAGUGAGGUGAUCGGAACUACAAAGGCUCCAGCCAGCACUUCGGUAGAUAUAAUUGCUCAAGUGUUCAGUGAGAAGACCACUCUUGCGCAAGUUAACUCGGGAAUGACUUCAGUUGUUCACCACCUUACACUUUUGGUGUUGUUUGCAUUUACAUUAUUUAUAUAA